AUGAGCUCUCAAGACUACCCCCUCCGCAGCUCUGGCAUUUACCGCAACUUGCCAACCUUCGAUCCUUCCAUCAAGGGCUUGAACGCUGUUGUCGUGGGUGCCACUGGAAUUUCUGGUUUCAACACUAUCCGCUCUCUUCUCGACUCUCCUGGUCGAUGGUCCACCAUCUAUGCCCUUUCUCGUAGCCCCAUUCCGGAAGAGAUGCUUUCGCUCCUCACCGAAGAGCAGCAAUCACACAUCAAGCACGUGUCCAUUGACCUCACCGCUUCCGGAGACAAGCUCGCCUCUCAACUCAAGGAAGGUGGUGUCAAGGCUGAUUACGUCUUCUUCUAUGGUUACAUUUCACCCAAGAAUGUCUCUGCCAUGGAUCCAAAGGCAGAAGAGGAACUCGUCAAGGCCAACGUUCCCAUCUUCAAGAACUUCCUGGAAGCCUUGGAAACCGCAAAGCUGGAACCCAAGCGUAUUCUUUUGCAAACCGGAGGCAAAAACUACGGUGGUCAGAUCGGCAGAGCAAGAUUGCCGUACAUUGAAAGCGACCCCCAACCCCGCCACCUGUCCCAAAACUUCUACUACCCCCAAGAAGACAUGCUGAAAAAGUACUGUCAAGACCAUCCUUCGACGAGUUGGAAUGUGAUUCGUCCUUUUGGAGUCAUCGGCUCGGUGUCAAAGGCAGGCAUGAACAUGAUGCUUCCCUUCGCCAUCAUAGCAUCCGUCCAAGCCAACGAAUGGGCUGUCCUAGAAAACAAAUGCGCAAACCAAGCUUUCAACGCUCACGACGGCAGUCCCAUGUCUUGGGAUCUCUUCUACAACGAAAUGGCCCGCUGGUACGGUGCCCCCGGUGUCGCAGGCCCCGAACUCGACGAUUCCAAAUUCAACGAUGUGGUGCUCGCAGGAGGCAAAGACAGCCCUCUCGGCUACGGUCCACCCACCCGCAUCAGAUUAUCCCGCAGCGCCGCAGACUGGGCCAAAAACGACACCAACAAAACCACCUACGAACAAAUCAUACAAGAAUCGAAUGGAAGCAUCAAAACCAACGCCUACGAAGACAACAUGGAACAAUUCGACAUGGUGGAUUUCGUCUACUACAAAAUCGGUCAACCUUCCUCUGCCAAGUUCCGCAGGUUCGGGUUCAGUGGGUUUGUGGAUACGAUUGAGAGUGUGUUUGAAAUGUACACUGAUCUGGCAAAGAUGGGUAUAAUCCCCGCUCCCAAAGUCGAGGCUGCUAAGCCCAUGAUUUAGACAUUUCCUCAAAGAUCACAAAAAUUCAAUAUAGACG